AUGAUGAAGGUCGUCGACCGGGGCUUCGCCGAGGGCCGCGUGACGCCGCGCCUCGGCGGGGGGCUGCCCCCGGCGGGCGAGGGGGCGUCGCCGCGCCUCGCCCUGAAGGACUGGAGGCGGCGGGCGGCGAGGGUGAACAAGGAGACGGCGGCCCUCGAGGAGGCCGUCGCCGCCGUCGACGACAGGGAGAUCGGCGCGGGCGACGACGCGGUGCUCCGAGCUUUAUCCGUCUUGUCGCUGAGCGCGACGGCGCAGCGGGCCGUCUGGGUCGAGGCGCUGCCCGAGCUGCUCGCCCUCGACGGCGACGACGCGCUGGCGACCGUCGAGGGCCUGCCGACGCCGCGGCCGCCCGAGGGCCGCCUCGGCGCGGACGUCGCGGCGGGCUACGCGGCGCUCGUCGAGGCCGCGGAGGCCUUCGGGUCGGCCUGCCCCGCGGCCCUGGAGCGGCGCGGCCGCGUGACGAGCGAGCUCAAGAGACAGCGCGACGCGCUCGCCGCCGACGUCCUCGAGAAGCGCCUGGAGCUGCAGGACGUCAAGGCGUCCAUCGAGCUCCGGAAGCUCAACGUCGCCAAGCAGCAGACGGCGCUGGCGACCAUGUACCGCGAGCGCACGGCCGUCUUCGACGUCAAGCUGCUGAGCGAGGCGCUGGCGCGCCAGAAGCACCGGGGGCGCCUGAGCCACGCGCCGACGGAGCGCGGCGGCGCGGCGGGCUCGCGGCGGGACCGCGAGGCCGACGGCGUCAUGCGGUCGCCGGGCGUCGCGGCGCGGGGCCUACCGAGCGGGGGCGACGCCGGGGCGGACCUGCUGGAGGAGGUGCAGCGCGCGGAGCAGCGCGCGCGGUGGCGGAGCCUGCGCCUGAGCCCGUGGACGGCGAUCACGCUCAACAACUUCUUCGCGGGCCACUGCUACCGCUGGGCGCGCUGGUCCCUGGACCGGCGCCACGACGCCGUCACGGUGAUCCAGGCGCUCUACCGGCGCCAGGGGGCCGUGCUCGUCGUGCUCCUCGCGCGCGCCGUCGCGGAGGCGCGGCGGCUCCGGCGCGAGGCCGCGGCGACCUUCGUCCAGCGCCACGCGCGCGGCGCCCUCGGGCGGGCCCACAUGGGCCGCAUCCGCGAGGAGCUGCGCGACUACGAGCGGAAGCGCGUCACGCUCCAGUCGUUCGCGCGCCUCGUGCCCGCGCGGCGCCUCGGCCUCCGCUGCGUCAACGGCGACCGGCGCACGGCGGCGAACAUCGCCGGCGCGGGGCUCAAGGAGGUCCACGGCGCGCUGCUCGCCGUGGAGAAGGCGCUGGGCUACGGCAGGGACGACCCGCUCUGGCUCGCGCGCGAGGGCAUCGCGCGCGCGCGGCUCUUCGCGGAGCUCGAGCCCGACGGCGUCGUCGAGCCGGGGCCCGCGCGCCUGGGGCAGGCGGACCACGGCGACGCCCACGGCGACCACGCGCCCCUCGGCGCGCACCCGUCCGUCGCGCGCCUCGUGUCCACGGCCGUCGCCGCGCUCGCGGACCGCUUCGAGGCCGCGAAGAAGGCCACGCGCGCCCUCUCCGACACGACGGCGGGCACGCUCCUGGCGCCCCAGCAGGCCGUCGUGCUGAAGCAGUCGGUGCGAGUGAUGGCGGGAUCGCUCCUCCUCCUCGUCGCCGCGGCGCGCGCGCUGACGUUCGAGGGCGUGAAGAACGCUAGGCGCCUCGCCGGCGCCGCCGCAAACUUGCCCGUGUGGCGCACGGCGACCCUGGACAACGCCACGGCCGCCGACGUCGCCGCGCUGCGGGACGUCGCGCGCGUCAUCGACCUGCGCAACGACGACGAGGUCGCCAAGGGCGCGAAGGCGCGCUCCGAGGCCGCGCGCGAGUAUUACGACGCCGCGCCCGUCUCGAACGCGCCCUUCCUCGGCGACAUCGACGCCUUCUGGGGCGGCGUGAGCGCCAACGCGCCGCCGCUGCCGCUCUGGCCGCGCGUGAGCAUGCUCUGGUCCGCGCGGCCGCUCAACGCGGCGCUGUCGAGGGCGCUCGAGGACGGCGGCAACGCCGCGCUCUACGUCGCGAUCCUCGACUCGGCGCCGACGACGGUGGGCCGCGCGUUCGAGGAGGUCGUCGCCUGCGUCGACGCGGGCGACACGGUGCUCUUCCACUGCCAGAAGGGCAAGGACCGCACGGGCAUCCUCGCCGCGUUGCUGGAGGAGGCCUGCGGCGUGGCGCGAGCGGACACGGUCGCGUCCUACGGCCUGUCGGGCGCGCUGCUCGGCGGCGACGACGCGCUGCCCGCGGCGACGGGCAAGCGCAAGGACCCGGACGACCCGGAGGUCGACUGGUCCCGGUUCCGCGGGUCGCCGCCGGACGCGAUCGCGGACACGCUGAGCUGGCUCGACGCGAGGCACGGCGGCGCGGCGAAGUACCUCGUCGACGCGUGCGGCGUCGACGCGGCCUCGCUGGCGACGCUCCGCGCGAAGGCCGGUCGAAGCAUAAAGAUGGUCAAGCUCGACGCGGCGCAGGUCAAGACCAAGGAGGUCCUGGGCUGGACGGGCCUGCACCUGUUCCACUACAAGGACAGCACCUGCAGCCGCAAGGUGCGCACGGUGCUCGCGCUCAAGCGGCUGGACUACACGGGGCACCACAUCGAGCUCAGUACGCGCGAGAACAUCAGCGAGUACUACCUGGGCAUCAACCCGCGGGGCCUCGUGCCCUGCCUCGUGCACGACGGCGCCGUGAUCAUUGAGUCGAACGACAUCGUCGACUACAUCGAGGCGGCGUUCCCCGAGCCGCGCCUCGUCGACGCCGCGGCGGGUGCGGCGGGCGAGGCCGAGGACAAGCUGCACCUGGCCAUGCGGGCCCUGACGUUCAGCAUGAAGAUCCCGCCGGGCGCCGCCGCGUGGACGGACGCGCAGGCGCGCAAGUUCGCGACGCACGGCGAAUCGGUCGAGGGCGGCGGCCAGGACCACAAGGCGCAGUUCGACUUCUGGCAGCGGUACACGGAGAACGGCGGCGUGCCGGAGGUGCUCGUCGACGACGGCGUCGUCGCCGCGCGCUUCGCGUUCGACGCGUUGGAGAAGACGCUCGGCGAGGGCGGCGGCGACUUCAUGCCGCCCGUGUCCGCGGCGCCGACGCUGACGGACGUCAUCUGGUUCCCGACGGUGCGCCGCAUCAAGCACUGCGGCUACGACCUGUCGCGCCACCCGCGGCUCGAGGCGUGGGAGCGCGCGUGCCUCCGGUGCCCGGCGUUUGCCGCCGAGGCCGAGCCCGCGGACCUCGUCGUCGCGCGCGCGGUCCUCGAGGACUUUAGCGUGCCGCGCCAGAGCGCGGCCGAGGCGCGCGAGUUCCGCGUCCGCGUCCGCCGCGGCGUCGCGCAGGUCCGCCUCGCAGCACCGCGCCUCGGCGUCGACGGCGGCGACGAGGCGCCCCGCGGCGCGGAGGCGCGCCGCGGCGUCGACCGCGUCCGCGAGCGGCCCCGCGCGCUCCGCGACGGUCUCGCCGCCGCGGUCCGGCCGCUCGCCGAGGAGCGCCUCGCGCAGCCGCAGGGCGACGGCCGCGCUCGCUUCGAGGAGAAGCGCGCCGCGCCGGAGCCGGCGGUCGACGCGGCCGCGGAGCUCGAGGCGCGCGCCGAGGCGCGGGCGCGCGCCCUGAUCGACGACGGCUGGCCCGAGGAGCGCCAUCCCACGCCGACGUCGGCCAACGACUGGUCGAAGCUCCUCCGCGAGGCGACCAAGUCCUCCGGCGUCGUCAAGGAGGUCGAGGUCGAAUUCGCGGGCGACGCGCGGGGCCUCGACAUCUGCGUCGUCGAGGACUUUCACGGCCGCCAGCUGCUCGUCGUCGACCGCGUCUGGCCCGCGAGCGACGCGCGGCACGCCGUCAAACCCACGGACGUGCUGAGCCACGUCGGCGGCCUGUCCAUCUUCCGCAUCCUCGAGAGCCGCGGCUGGGCGCUCCCCGACGAUUUCGCGGCGCUCCGGUCCUACAUCCGCGCGGCGCCGCGGCCCCUCGCCAUGACCUUCCAGGGCCUGCUGGGGCGGGAGAUCACGGCGCUGAGGCACGCGCGGCAGCACGAGCUCGCGCGGCGCGCGCUCGUCGCCUGCCGGCGGCGCGCGCGGAAGCGGCUCAACACGCGCCGCGCGGAAAGGGACCGCGCGGCGAGCCGCGGCCUCAAGCGGACCAUCGCCGCGCGGCUCCUGGCCCACGGCAUCCGCGACGAGGCGGCGCUCGCGGACGCCGUCGACCACGAGAAGAAGCUCGUCGCACGCGUCGCGCGCGUGCUCGCGCAAGCGGAGGGCGCGACGCGCGGCCGCCUCGACGCGCAGCGGCGCGCGCUCGCGGACGCCCGGAAGCGGCUGGCCGAGGUCCGCGAGGCCGUCGCGCGCGCCGAGGCGGCCCUCGACGACGACCACUUCGAGCACGCGACCGCGCGGCGCCGCCCGCCCGCGCCGCGCGACGCGGCGCCCCCGCGGCUCGCGGACGACGACGACCUCUACCCGGACGAGCCCGUCGUGCGCCGGCGGUCGUCGACGGACUUCCCCUUUUACGAGGAGCUGUAA